AUGAAUAAAUUCCUAGCAAUUUGUUGUAUUGCGGUUUUAUUCGACUUAGCCAAGGCUACGGAUUAUUGCUCGGACUCUAUUUGUGAUGGAAAAGAGGGAGCUCAUAUUGCUUGUGAUCAUGAUGGAGAAUUUUCUUCCUCUUGCCCGGAUGAUGCUGAAAUGGUUGAGAUGACUAGUUCUCUGAAAGAACUUAUUGUCGAUGAGCAUAAUAAAAAACGUAAUACUAUAGCUGGUGGUGAUGAUGAUUUUAAACCUGCCUGUCGCAUGGCCACCAUUGAAUGGGAUGAUGAAUUGGCCAAGUUAGCUGAAUAUAAUGUUAUGCAGUGUAAAAUGAAUCAUGAUGAUUGUCACAAUACUGAAGAUUUCAAAUAUUCUGGACAAAAUCUUGGUUCCAUAGGCUUUUCGGAUAGUAAAAAUGAUACUGAACAAAUAACGAAAUCAAUUGAUUUGUGGUUUGAGGAAAAGAAGGAUGUUGAUCAGUCGAUUCUUGAUGAAUAUCCUAGUGAUUAUUCUGGACCUGAUAUUGGUCAUUUUACCGUUAUGAUGGUUGAUCGUAACAUUCGUGUAGGUUGUGCUGCUGCUACUUAUUCUAAGGACUCUCAUAAGAACUAUUUGUUGGCCUGUAACUAUGCUUCUACUAAUAUGGUUGGUUUUUCCAUUUAUGAAAGUUGCGAUAAGGCAGCUGAUGAUUGUGAAUCUGGCACUAAUUCAUCAUAUGAAAAUUUAUGUUCCACUUCGGAAUCUUAUGAUGUCAAUAAGUUUCAGUAGAUCGAAAUUUUUUUG